CACCGGAGGUGCACUUUGUUUGUUAUAUCGUCCGUGACACCACCAGCGCACGUCUAUAGCCAGCAAACCGCAUCUCAUACAGUGAAGGAGAGAGGAAGAAGUUCGCGAUUGUAGAAGCGAAGGAAUAAUAAAGGGUGCGAACACAUCAAAUCGGUGGUGAUAAAUGCGAGAGUGCCUCUAAGAAGACGAGAGAUUCGCGGAGAUUCACCAUUCUUAGAUGAGCCAAGAUGACCACCAAUAGGUUUCACAAGGCCGCGAAGGACGGCUUAAUUGACGUGCUGAAAGAGGCUACGAAGAGAGAAUGCAACGCAAAAGAUGAGCAAGGCAUGACCCCAACACUUUACGCCGCUUUCCAUGGUCAUUUGGAGGCUUUGCGUGUGCUAUGCGGGCGAGGUGGUGAUCCAGAUAAGUCUGACCAUUUUGGAAAUACCGCCCUGCAUUUGGCAGCGGCACAGGGACAUAAAGUGGUUGUCACGUUCCUGUGCAACUUUGGGGCAAACAUUUACGCAAUGGACAUUGACCAGAGGACGGCGCAAGAUCUAGCGGGUAUGAACAACCGCGAGGAGAUUUUGCGGUACAUGGACGCGUUCACAGGAAAGCUGGAGGCGAGCGACAAGAAGAAGGCGAAAAGCAUGAAGGAGAAGGCCAAGAAGGAUGCGGAGAAGCGCAUCAAGGAGUUCAGCAAGAGACAGGCGAAGGCGAAUCACAACGAGAGACUUAUCAAGAAGCAGAACAGCAAAGAGUACAAACCUUCUCUGGUGAGCACGCUGAGGAUGAAGAUGAAGAGCGGAUCCAUGUCGAAUUUGAGUAACGGUGGUCAGACGAUGCCCAGAAACAGCUUCAGCGCCAUCGUCUCUGGAGGAACUGUAUCCAGGAACGUCAACAGCACGGUGCAGAGGAAAGUUCUGGCCAACAAGUUAAGGAACAACAACGAUGACGACGACUUCAAGAUUAGCGAAAUCGAAGAUGGAAAACGCUCGGUGAGGCACAUACAAGGUUUGAGAAGGGAUUCCGAGGUGUUAUAUGGUGGCGUACUGGAAGACACGAGACGCGGGCGUUUGGACGGCGUCUUCAACGAGGCCGAGAGCGUGCUAUCACCCAAUCAAAGCAACGGAGGAAGCGGAACGUUGACCCGUUCAAUCUCCCAGCCGGAUUUCAUGCACGAGCUGGAGCAGAACGAACCCUUGCACCAUCAACCGGUGGAGCCCGGCAGCAUUUUCGUGAGGCCCGGAAUCGGAAGCUUGGCUUUCAGAAAAAGCAUCACAAAUACAUUACAAGCCAUGUCCUUCGCCGAAGCAGCAGUCGAGGAGAGCUCAAUAGGUUCAGCGAGAUUCGAUGAUGAUAUUUCAGAGUCCGAACCCGAGGAGGAGGAGGAGGAGAACAGCGCCAUCGAAAGAUUCCUGACUGCGUGGGGUUUGAGCGAAUACUUGCUCAGGUUCGACGAACAGAAGAUCGAUCUGGACACGCUGCUGAUGCUCACCGAGUCCGAUCUGAAGACCCUCAACUUGCCACUGGGACCGCACAGGAAGCUGGUGAACGCCAUAGCCGAGAGGAAGGCAGCAUUGGAGAACCCCAGAGAGGUGACCGACGGCAAACUGUAAAUGGUGGAAGAACUUGAGAUGCAACACAAGUUUGGCGCAAAGAAAUAGUCAUUUUUAAUGUAUUCGAUGAGAUGAAUCAAAUAUUAUCAAAGAAGCUACUAACUAUACUAUAAUAUAAUUUAUGUACAUUAUUUUAAAGCG